GUGGUACACUACAUUUCAUUGUCUUUGUCCUCUUACCACAUGAUGAGCAAAGAGAAAGAAUUUUGAGCAAAAUGAUGGUUCCUGGUAUGUGUCGAGUAAUGUGCCUGCACUUCGCCACUUCUCAUCGUUUCGGGAUCUGAAACACUAUCGGCUGACGCGGCAGGCGGCAGAAAGAGGACCAGAAAAAUGGAGCCCCGCGCCUCGCAGGAUCGCAAAGGAAGUAGCAGUCCUUUGAAGAGCGCGAUAAGUCCGACUUUUCGGUUGCAUGGACGACAUAUAACGUCGCCAUCCACCACGACUAGUGGACGGUUUCGACCGGCGCCGUCGUUGGGGACGGGCAAAGCGAAAGAUGGGACAAGUAGAGAAAAUUUGAUGCUUAGUACUUACUCUCAUUUAGAUCGACUUACUGGAAGCAAUUCGGUGUGAAGAUUCUGAUUCUUUCAUCAUUUUCGUUUCAUGGCAAUCAAUCUCCUACAUGAACCUCAAUAUCACUCAGAACCCCCACCCGCACCUGCUGCCGCGCAGACCAGCGGACCCGGUGUGGCUUCGACAGGAAAAACAAGCGGCCUCGAGGAUGAAAGGUUCAAAUUCCUACUACAGCAUGGAGUCGUCCGAAGCAUUGAGGGGACAGACAGGAUCAUCUUCGCAGAACUCCCCAAUUUGCCGCUCAUUGUCUAUCGAUCCCCUGCAGAGAGGGAAAUGUCUCCAGAACGCUUCAAUCUCGAUCGCAGAAAGCUCCAAGUGUGUCCCUUGUUGGAAGGAGAAGAAAAACUCAGACUCCUGAACUACCAGAAGAACCACAUUCGGAGGUUGGAUAACUUCGUGAGUCUGCCGAGUCUCAUCUUCUUGGACCUGUAUAGCAAUCACAUCGAGCAAAUCGAGAACCUGCAGACGGUGCCGACUUUGAAGGUAUUCGAAAACUCAAAAUAACCGAGUUACUGACUGAAAUAAGAGAGUCUUGACUACAUGCCUCUUCUUUCAGUAUCUCCCUUAUUUUCCCUAGUUACUCGCUUAUUUCGGUUUAUCGAAUAAGUGAAAAUAAGUUGAUUUAGUAGUAGUAGUUGGUGUUUUUGGACGAUCAUAAUCAAAUUUAAAAAAAAAUAAUCAUCAUCUGUAGUAUGCUAAAGAAAACCAUAUUCUACAGGUCUUAAUGCUCGGCAAAAACCAUGUCCGCGGUGGCGUGCAACAUCUCUCUGUCUUGCCACGUCUGGACGUUUUAGACCUGCAUGGAAACCAGCUCGCCGAGUUCCCGAUCCAUGAGGGUGCACCACUACGAGUCCUGAAUUUGGCCAGCAACCUGCUCGCAAACCAUUUUGAAAUUCCAUAUCCUCUCGUCAACUUGAUCGAGCUGAACGUGAGAAGGAACAAGGUACAGUUCCUUGGGCCUCUGGACGAGCGGACACCAAUGCUCCAACGCCUCUACGCCAGUCACAACCAACUCGCAGUUUGGCGCAGUGUGGGGUGUCUGGAUCGGAUGCGAAAACUGACGGAUUUGAGUUUGGAUCAUAAUCCUUUGAGCAACAACUUCGCAGAACAAGAUGAUAUUAAGGAUACUGGAGGUGCAUCUGCAGAAGCAAAAGCUGGAGAAAGCGGUGACUCAACACAACCGCCUACCAAAGGAAUAGCUCUUUUUCGAAUGCAGGUGAUACGGAAAUGUCCAACGCUGAAAAACUUAGACGACAGAUCAGUCUCAGAUCAAGAGAGGAUUCACGCUUGUGGCAGCGAGACGGUGAAAGCGGAGCAGAAGAACGAGGUCGCGGAGAGCGAAGUACGAGGGUGGAUAUCAAGCAGCACAGAAGCGGAGAUUGAGCGGAAGAGGAAGGUAGUAGUUGCAGCCUUGACUGGAGCCUGCGUCAUCAUCUGCUUUUGCCAUGAAUUGUCAUGUUAUUUCUUCACUACCUCUAGGACCUCAUCAAAUAGAUUAUUUUAACCCCACCUUUGAUUCUCUUUUAUCCACUGAAUUUCAGGCUUCCCUCGCCGAAGACCGCUCAGCGACCGGCCUAUGUCCUGCACAAGGAGAAGCGGAGACUGAUCUCUUGCUCCAAGAUUUGAUGUCACCGACUAAGCCUCUAUCAGCGAAAGCUACGCCAACAAGCUUGAACCAACAACGACGGAAGGAUCACGCUAGUGUCACUACGCCAAGAGCUGGAUCAACUAGUGGGAUUGGGUCGUCUGGUGCAAGUUCAUCUCCAGCGGUAGGUGCUACAGUCAGUUUAACGUCAGAUGCUCGUGGAGCAAGAGAACAAGGGCUUGCGGGUUCAAGCCAGCAGAACGGCGGUUCGUCAGGGAGGACGAGCGGCACCGCCACUGGGACUGCGAGUGCGUCUAGCUUAGUAUCUGGCGUGCCUCCUACGUCAGCACGGAGAAACGUGGAUCCAAGAGAAAUACUAGCGAAAAUCAACUUUAACGCAGCUGGUGGCGACCAAGAGGUGACGAGAAGUUCAAGUGCAUCGUCGUCGUCAUCGGGGACGUUGGAACUCAACGCAGGUGGACCUGGAGGCCCUACAGGAGGUCCGAUCGGUACGUCUUCAUCAAGCGGAGGUGCCCUACCAGAUCGACAACAGAGUAAGGCAGCCUGGCUAGAGAACGAUGACGAAGGGGGACAUGCUGCCGGAAAUGCUGCUCAUACAACAAGUAAUAGACCCUUAGACAGCAUCUCCGCAGGCGGAACCGUAUCGAGCUCUUCUUCUACAGCAAGCAGAGCUCGAACGCCUGACAAGUAUAGUACGCGAGUCUCAGGGUCAGGAACAAGUAUGUUUUCGGCGGGUCAAUACAGGAAUGAAGGAGCUUUUGACGAUGAUCAAGCUCUAGAAGCACCUAUACCACAAGAUCAGGCACUACUAGCAGGUCCUACGGAGGAAAUACUAACUGGAGAAUCACCACAGGCGGCUGCUUUUACAGGGGAUGCUAGUAUUGUGGAUGGUUCUGGAGGCCUACAGCAAUUGACUCAACAUCAACCUCCAGGAGGUUCCACCGGCACGUCGAACAGUAGCAGUUCCUCCUCAUUAGCUGGGUCAGCAAGCAGUAGCAGUAGUGCUGUAAUAGGAGGAACUGUUGCUCCACUGCCAACAACUUCAUCAAGUAUCGGUACAGGCCCUUCAGGUUCAGGUAGUGCUGAUGCAAGUGGAACAGGAAACCAAAUCAACGCCACAGGAACCACUAGUUCAUCUAGUACAACUCUCGCAAACAAUAAGGCGCCAGUAGCACCUUCGCCGACUGAGAAGAAAAAGAAAGGCGCACUCAGUCGUGUCGAUGUGUUGAACGACAUCAGGCAGCAGUGGAUGCAAGCAGCAGCUGAAGGAAAAACACCGGCGACAAGGUAAUGAGACUUUUGGUUUCUAGAUCCAAGAAAAUCAGGAGUGCGCUACUGAUUUCACACCAAAAUAUUAGCAACAACGACCCACCUCCAGUCGAAAGGAGAGAAACGCUAACCAAGUGAAAGUGUACUUUCUACAUGAAACUUUUCCAGGUACGGUUACGUCAAGCGUGAGGAGGCUUUUGAACUGUUCAUAUAUGGUCGCGGACUCGACGCCAUGGACAAACCCGAGUACCAGGCAGUGGUGUCGAGCAUCCACUUCCUCUUCCUCUCGAUGUCCUCGGUGCUUAAGCUAAGGGUUCCACAUUUGAAGAUUUUCAAUUUUCUCAUCUAGAAAUGUUUCAGCCAUUGCGAUACUUCAGAGGAACUAACAGAUGAAGACAUGAUGCCAUACUUGAGAGGAUACAACUAGAACAAAGUAGUACAUCAAGAUAGUAGAAAAAAAACAACUAGUUGAAGUUCUUGACUGCAGGCGCACGUCGUGCAUCCCCUACAACGAGUGACCACGAGCGGUCGUGUCAGGGGUACUCUUACUCACAUGACAAGGGAACAUCCCCUAUGCGUGUCUAGUAUGUCUAAUCCCCUGUGUGGAUAAGCUGCGUCUCCGGUUUGGCAACCUGACGUCGCUGUCGUUUUCCCGGAAUCAAAUCGCUUCCCUGGACCAGCUACGACCUCUCCGGAGUUUGAAUUUGCGGAGUUUGAACGUGUUUUGGAACCCUAUAAACGACUCAAUGACUCCUGCAGCACUGCGAGCUCAAGUGCUCUUCAUCUUGCCCACGUUGACAAAGUUCAAUCUGCGGAAAGUGACGGAGGCAGAAGCGAAGCAAGUGCAAAGGAUAUUUCCGAUUCCAAUUUAUGAUUUGGGUUGGGUGUUGAGGUGGUGUGGCCGUAUCGUCCGCAUACUAGUGCGAUACCUGCUUUACUAGACGAAAAGAAAAGUUGUUAGUGGUGGAAACCAAAGAUGUUGUUCAAAAGCAAUUGAUAUGAACUCGUCAUGCCCUCGUCUUCUCUCUAACCUUUCCAGCAAUUACAUCAGUCCGGCAAGGAGCUAGUCGUGUCCGAGCGACGACCGCAUAGAGGCGCGGUAAGUGAGCUCGUGGCCAGUGCUGUUGCUGGCGACGCGUUACUGCGAAGGCUUGACGGCUGUUUUGAUAAUACGGUUAAAGAUCUAGUUGCGAACGCGUGGGAAGAGGCGAUGGAAUACGUCUGAGAGUGGGGUUUUGUUCACCUCUUUGUGUAUGAGGUAGGUAAGUAUGAUGUUGCCGACAUCAACCUCUCUUAUGAUGGUCUCGUCGUGGUCGAUGUCAUCGUUCUUCCAACAUCUUUGUAAGUAAAGAGUGUCAUAAAAAUGUAGACUCCGAUAUUUGAUUCUUCUUAUUUCGUUCUUACGUAUCUAUACCGGUACCUCCAUGAUAUGUUAUUCGCACGUCCAGCAAAAGUUCUGAUUUCACAUUGAAUUCAGUCAGUCAUCUACCUCUACAACUUGUCGUGGUGAAAACUCCAUAGAGGCAAGCUCUAGACCUAUAGUUUCGAAUGAUUUCUUGUCCUGCCAACUACAUAUGUAAGAUCGAUGUCAUGUAGUCAACAUCUGAGAUUCUUAGAUUGUCAACUUUCUUUCUUUCAAUUUCAUCCAACUCCGAUCAGCCGAAGUAUAAAAAACUACCUAGUCAAGCUUUCAUCUUUAAGUAGAUAUUGUGCUGAUCAUGAUCUUGUCACGCUAAUGCGCCGCCAACGCAACAGUUCUUUCUUCACAACGUGAUUUCUUUCUCAUACAGUCGUGAUCGUGAAUAGUGAAGGAGAAGAGCACCUCAUCAGGAAAAAAUUUCCUGAAGCGGUGGCGCAAAGGACAAUGCAGGGCCUUGAUUCACCCGAGGUGGUGACGAUUAUUUAUAAGUACCUGAUCGGCGACACGAACUGAAAGCGGUAGCAGUACAAAAUCAGAACAUUUUGUAGUCACAGGAAAGAACACGUCACGCGA